AAAUGCCAAAAGUGAUUGUUCUAGAAAACUCGUUUGGAACACACGAUGACCUACACUCUUACUUACUUUCCUAUUCGAGGAAGAGCAGAACAUGCUCGUUUACUUUUAGAAGAUAAUAAAAUACCUUACAAUAGUCAAGUUGUUCAGUUUGGUGACGAGUGGAAUUCUUUCAAAAAGAAAGGAUUGGAAUCUGGAGAACUUCCUUUUGGACAAGUACCUGUGCUUCACGAUGACAAACUUCAUCUUGCUCAAAGUGGAGCUAUUGCAAGAUAUUUGGCUAGAAAACACAACAAAUAUGGAGCAGAUGAUGUUGAAAAGGCACUUAAUGAUAUGAUGUUUGAUAUGGGUAUCGACAUUCAGAAUAUGUAUGUAAAAUUUAUAUUUGACGAAAAUCACAAGCAGAAGAAAGAAGAGUUUGUGAAGGACGUGAAAGGAAAGUUUGAUCUAGUUGAGAAGUUUAUGAAACGUCAAGGGAAGCCAUAUUUGGCAAGUAGUGAACCCACGUUUGCAGAUUAUCUUAUGUUCGAAGUACUUGACGUAAUCAAAAGGCAGAAGGAUGAUAUUCUAAAAGACUUUUCUCAUCUGGAAAGUUUUUAUAACAAGAUGAAGAGUCGGCCGAAUAUUGUUGCAUAUCGUGAAUCGGAUCGUUUCUUUGAAAAACCUGUUCCUGUAGAGGAUUCUUAGAGUAUUCGUGAUAUUUUGAGAGAGUUUGUUUGUUUUGUGUUUUAUAAGUGGGAAUAAUAAAAAUAGUGUUUGUCUA